UUCUGUGGUUAAAAUAGUGUGACUGAAGGAAAAUCCACUUGGACUCUGAGGGACAAAAAAACCUUAUUUUGUUUGAGACACGUACUCUACUGUGUGUGUCUUGGUCUUAAAUUGCCAAAGCAAAAAUAUGAUCCUGAGAACUCAAUCCACAACAACUGCGCAUAAAGCAUUAAAGAAGGAUGAAGACUCAAAUGAGUUGUCCCAGAACCAUGAGAGCGAUCAAGAGGAGGUUGAGGAGGAGGAGUGGCAGCCGAAGGAAUCGGCUCCGCAACAGAUGAAGAAAACCGAGGGGAUGACAACGAAGCCUGUAGCUAAGAAUGCCACCAAAUCGAGGGAGCCGAAGGCCAAAGCCGUGAGAAAACCUGCAGCGAAGAGAGCUGUGGCCCCAAAAGUCGGUCUCCAGGAGGCUCCUACCCCAGCCAUGAAGAGAGAAGAGGAGGAACCGGCCGCUGGCACCCUCUCGAGCAGCGGAAUGGAGAGCUGGUGGAUGGUGAAGGAGGAGAGACUGUCAUUUCCUGUGCAAAGCGGACAGUCCAGCGACGCCGAGGGGGCGGGCGGCAGUCGGCCCUGCUUUCGCCAGGAGUUGCUCUCGGUCAAGAACGAGGACCCGGGGGAUGACUUUACCUUUGAGGAACCCCCCCCCAAGAAGAUAAAGCUCAGUAGUGCUCCUCAGGGGAAGCCUGUGAAGCGUCAAACAACAGGGUGUAGCCUGAGCAGCAACAUUCAUAUGAACUGGGAUCUGAUUGAGGUGCUGUCAGAGAGGAUGCAGCUGGAGCGCUGGGUGUGUGCCAACCUUGUCCAGCUCUUCCAAGAGGAGAACACCAUUCCCUUCAUUGUGCGCUACAGGAAAGAGAUCAUCAACCACAUGGAUGCUGAUGAUGUGCGGGAGGUGCAGCUUGCUCUUGAGGAGCUAUGUACGGUCUCCAAGAAAUGCCAGUCCAUUUGCCAAACCCUGAAGAAGGAGGGGGUUCUUAAUGCAGGCCUUGAGGAGGCCUUGAAGAAUUGCCGAACCAGAGACGAGCUGGAGCAUGUGUAUGCCCCAUAUAAGAAGGGCAGCAAGCUUUCAAAAGCCCGACGGGCCAAGCAGCUAGGCCUGGAUCCUGCUGCCCAGGCUCUUCUGCAGACUCCCCAGACCCUCAGUCUUCACUCCUGGGUCAAGCCGCACAUCCAAGGUGUAUCCACUUUGGAAGAAGUGGCCACUGGUGUAGAGCAGAUUCUAGCUGACAUGAUGGCCAAGGACAAGGAGACGUUGGCCUACGUACGAUCUCUGUGUGAUCGGAACACCGUGACGAUCCACUCCUCUUUGUCAAAGACGGCCCUCAAGGAGAAGGAGAAGGGGAAGGAAAUGCAGCAGAGACCAGUGGAAAAGCCAGGAAAACCCAAAGACAUUGACAAGUUCCACUUAUAUUAUGACUUCACCUGUGACGUGCGUCGCAUUCAGCACCAUCAGAUCCUGGCCAUUAACCGAGGGGAGAAUCUGAAGAUUCUGACAGUGAAGGUCAACAUCCCCGACUGGGUGAAGAGCGAGUUCUGCAGAUGGUGUGUCAACGUCAGGUGGAGGCCAAAGGCGUAUGCACGAGAAGACCUCAUGAAGAUCUUGAACAGCGCUGUGGAGGAUUCAUACAAAAGGCUCAUCAUGCCCCUGCUCUGCAGAUCCUAUAGGAGCAGCCUGACAGCCGCUGCGGAGAAGGAGUCGGUGGCAAUGUUUGUACGAAACUUGCGCCGGCGGUUACUCGCGUGCCCUGUGCGCGGCCGUGUCAUUAUGGGGGUGGACCCAGGCUUCAAACACGGCUGCAAGCUGGCCAUCCUCUCGCCAACCAGCCAGAUCCUGCACACGGAUGUGGUGUACCUGCAUUGUGCACGUGGGACUAGGGAGGCAGACAAGCUGCGCAACCUAAUGAUGAAAUACAAUUGUCAGACUCUGGUCAUUGGCAAUGGGACGGCAUGCCGGGAAACGGAGGCUUUCUUCACCGACUUGAUAGCCAAGAAGUUUUUCCAUCCCCUGGAUGUUUCUUACUGCAUCACAAAUGAAGCUGGGGCCUCCAUCUACAGCGUCAGCCCAGAGGCUGCUAAGGAGAUGCCAGACUUGGACCCGAACCUAAGGAGUGCAGUUUCCAUUGGGAGGCGUGUUCAGGACCCGCUAGCUGAGCUGGUGAAAAUUGACCCGAAGCACAUCGGCAUUGGAACAUACCAGCACGAUAUGUCGCAGGCGUCCCUGAAGUCCGCUCUGGGUGGAGUAGUGGAGGAGUGCGUCAGCUUUGUGGGGGUGGACGUUAACAUGUGCUCCGAGACCCUGUUGAGGCAUGUUGCAGGGCUGAAUGCCGGCCGGGCACGGAGCAUUGUGGAGUGGAGGGAGAAGAGUGGACCCUUCAUCAACCGCGAGCAACUGAAGCUAGUCAAGGGUCUGGGGCCCAAAAGCUUCCAGCAGUGUGCCGGAUUCAUCAGAAUUAACCCAGAGCACUUUCAGACUUUGUGCAGUAGUGGUGCUCUAGCAAAGUCUCAGAAUGCUGCAGUCAGUGAGAAACCAGUUCCUAAAAAAGGGAAAGGGAAGACCAGUGUCCUUGCAACUCCCCAGCUGAAUGCUCUGGACCAGACCUGCAUCCAUCCUGAGUCAUACAGCAUCGCACAGAGGUUCUUGGCUCUGAUUGAAGGUCGCAUGGAGGAGAUUGGCCAACAGGAGAUGAAAGAACGUGUGGAGGCUGCCUUGCGGCGUGACAGCCUGGAGAAGCUGGCCAAGACGCUGGACACCUCCCUUGAGACGCUACAGCUUAUCGUAGAUGGCCUUACGCAGCCUCCGAGUUUCGAUAUCCGUCAGAAUUUUGAGCAGGCAGACUUCAAGCAGGGCAUCGUGUCCAUGAGCGACCUGCAGAAGGGCGUGGUGCUCACAGGCCGCGUGGAAAACACAACGCUGUUCGGCGCCUUUGUGGACAUCGGUGUGGGCUGCUCAGGUCUCAUCCAUAAGCAGUACAUCACACCAGGCAAGUUACCAGCAGACCUGCAGCGCCGCAGCCUGGCACUAGGCCCUGGGGAGCGGGUGGAGGUCCGAGUUCUCAGUGUGGACAUGCAGCGCCGCAGAAUUGGAUUGGACCUUAUCCGGGUCCUUAGAUAGGGGCCUCCAAUCAGUACAUGAGUCCUGUAAACUACUCCAGGAAGAGUAUCAGAGUUGCAUGCUGGGUUCUUAGAAUAUUAGUCUUCAUUUGCAGGCUAACAGUUCUGAGCUGUAAAUGACUUGUUUUUGACUGUUCGUUCUGUGCCAAGACAGAUUGCUCAUUAUCAUGUCACUUCCUUCAGCUGUUUAAAAAGUUUUUUGGUUUUUUUUUUUUAAUGUAUUGAGCGUUGACAUUCUGAGGAGUUACAGUCAAAUUACUUGUUCAUUUUACAGUACAAAAAUAAAAUUUAAACUUACA